UCCUAGGAUGUGUGUCGGAAUUUAUUUUAUUUAAUAAAUUUAGGAAUAUACUUUAAAAAUGAACCGAAUGAAGAAGCAUAGGAUCAAAGAGGAGAAAGCUACGACUUCCUCAACUAGUCGAAGACAGGAGGAACACGAUUUGGCGUACUUCAUUCACGAUAGAGUAGAGUUGAUGCAUCAAGUGUUUUCGGUAUUGAAAUCGAAAGAACUCAAGUCUUUGGCUCCUGAAUGUGUCAGACGUCUUUCUAUAGACGAUUUACAGGAGUUAUGUUUGGAAGAACUCCUUGGAAUAAGCUCCAAACGGCUAUGCGCUAUCCUGGACGGUGCGGAGCCUCCAUCCGACACUGACUCCUCCAGCGACGCAGCCGAGCAGCUGGAGACAAUCUCGCUGGACAGCAUAUCUUCUGACGAUGAGAUACUUAGCCAGGCUAGUGGGAAGAAGAAGAAGCACAAGCACAGGCAUUCGAAGAAGAAACGCCGUAAGAAGUCAAAGUCGGGCGACGAGGGUGAAAGUCGAGCCUCUCGCGCCGGCCUGACCGUGCUCGAGUUGCUUGAGUUACAGGCUCGAGCUCGAGCCAUCCGCGCGCAGUUACACAAGGAGCCAGCUAAAACCGCUGAGCCGGCAGCGGAGCCCCCGAGCUCGGACAACGACGAAGUCCUCAUCAAGGAGGAGCCAGCUGAAGUGGUGGAGAUCAGCAGCGAUGAUGAGAAACCGGAUGUGAAGAAGCUCGACCAGCAGAUUGGAGCGUCCACAUCUCAAUCGAAUGACUCUGCAUCAAAUCACAAGGAUGGCGACUCAAAUACUGUGACUAAAAGAAUAAAUGAUCUGGUAAUAACAGUUCCACAAUCCAAGCCGACGCGGAAAAUUAAACUGAAAAGGCAAAAGCCAACUGAAACUGUUACCAAAGAAACAACAUCUAAUAAUGUAGCCGAGAAAGAAAAGGUUGAAACUCGCAAUAUUGUUAUUAGUACAGUAACUAAUGUCAAAAAUACUGAACCUGAACCUAAAAAAGUUAAUAACGCUGAAGCUAAAAACAGAAGUAAGAAGAGUAAGAAGAAAAAGAAGAAGGUUCAAGAGAAAGAAGGCAGCGAUGAAGAUGAAAUAACUAUACAGUUGUCGGAUACAGAGAAGAUGGAUCUGCUUGAAGAUUUAGAUGUAAAGAACUUCGACACUGUUAGCUCUAGCGAUUCUGAUAGUUCAGAUGGUAGUGAUAGUGAAAACCAAGAUGAUGUAAAACAGAAUGAUACUGAAAAACAAGUUGUCGAAGAGCAAAGUAAAGGUGAUGAUUUAGAAACUGCCAAAAAUAAGGACACUGAAAUAGAAAUUGUAGCUGAGUCGAAGCAAGAGGGAGAAGGCAAAAAAGAUGAACAAAUGAAUGACAAUGAAGAGACAAUAGAACUUAGUGAUUUGCCAAUUAUAAGCGAUGAUACUACGCCAUCAAACGAACGAAACGACGAAAAAGAAGAAGAAUCGAAUGCUACUAAAGUUGAUACGACUAUUGAUGAUAAGUGUGAUAAAAAUGACGAGGGAGUUCAGGAUGUAAGUAAAGAAAAAACAGAUGAUGUUAGAAACGAACAAAAUUUUGACCAAAUUGAAAUAGCAGAUGAAGGUUCGAAUAAUGAGAAAAGAGACGAUAAAGUGGAAAGUUCAUCUGGUCUAGAAACUAAAUCAGACGGUGAGAUAUCUGACAGAGAGAGUUCGGAAGUUGAAGCCUCCGAUGUGCAACCGGAAGUAGUAUGUAUAUCCGAUGACGAACACAAGAAGAAGAAGAAAAAGAAAAAAGAUAAGAAAUCUAAGAAAGAAAAGAAAAAGUCGGGUUUUCGGGAGAAAACUGAUGAAAACUUUUAUAAAGAUAAAGUCGAAGAUACAGACACACACACUACUGUGAUAGAAACUAUAGAUGAUGACGAUGAUGACGUGUACGAAUAUCUAGAAAUUUCUGAUGAUUCAUCUUGUUACGAAGUUGAAGGCGUAUCAGUUUUAUCUAAAGAACCUACUGCAGAAGAAAUUGAAGCAUUUUCUGCUAGGAUGGAUGAAAUAGACUUAGAAAAGGAUGAGACAGUGAUACCGAUACCUAACGAAAACGUAGCAUCGGAACCAGAUACUAAUGACCUUGAAAAUGUUUCAUGGAAAGAUAGAUAUCUAGGAAGUAAGAAGGUAAAACGUGUAUUGACUACAUCGAAUAUACUAAAUGCUAUUAGAAAGAAAAAUAAAGAGCUAAAAAAGAAGUUAGAAGAAGCUAAGAAGGCAGAGCUAGCAGAGAAAGAGGCACAGAAGGAAAAGGAAGACAAUAAACCGACAGUUGAAGAUGGUACUAUAGAACAAUAUGAAACUCUUGUAGGUUCUACCAAAUAUGUAGAUCCAGUUAAAGAAGUAAGAACAAAAGAAGACGGUAAAGAAGUAACAGAAGACACAGAAAAUAAAGAAGAUUCUGAAAACAAUGCUGGCUUGAACAAAGAUGAGAGUGAAGACGUUACAAGGGAAAUGAAAAAAGACGCAAAACAGUUACUUAAAAUGUAUAAGAGACUAUUGAAAUAUAAUGACAUUAAUAAGCAAAAAGAUCCAAAUAAGAAGAAAAAGAAGAAACAAAAGAAAAAUAAGGAUAAAGAAAAAAAUGCUUAAGAAUAAUAAUAACAUAGACAAGUACAUAUAAAAAAGUGGUUUUAAAGUAAUAAAGGUAAUA